UCACACAUCAGUUCACCAUCAACUUCUCAUACUUCUUCCCUUCUCCUUUGCCCAUUUCUUCCUGCCGGUCAGGUAUCUUAAUUAUACACUUAAUUAUAUAUAUCCCUCUUUAAAUAAUUGACGAUGCCUUCAUUCAAAGCUUUCGCUACUCUCUGCAUCAUGGCCGCUGCCCAGCUAGCUGCGGGCCACGCAGUCAUUACCGAAGCUACCGGCGACGCUGGUGGGACCGGAAUGGCUCUUGGUGUUGAUACUUCAACUCCCCGAGACGGAACCCGACGAAGACCAUUCCAGCAGGACGCCACUCGCUUCCGCGGCGACCAAGCUGACACCGUCGGCGAAACAAUCGGCGCCGGCAAUAACAACAUCGAGCAGGGAACCCAGGCCAUCAUGGAUGAGACUGGUGAUCAGCUUCCUCAAGUCACUGCCGGUGGCCAGCUCAAGAUGACCCUCCAUCAAGUUAAUGCCGACGGCGCCGGUCCUUUCACAUGCAUGAUCAACGACGACGGCACGGGAGAAGACUGGGAAGACAUCAAAGUCACGCAAUCCCCCCCGGGCGACGAUUCGCGGGAUAGUGAUGGCAACACGACGGAUUUCCCUCUUGUUGCGGAGAUUCCUCAGGAUCAGACGUGCACCGGGACUGUUGCCGGCCAGGACAAUGCCUGUCUAGUCAGAUGCCAAAACGGCGCCAGAGCCGGGCCCUUCGGCGGGGUCAUUCCGGUCCAGAUGUCUAACUCGAAUUCAACUAAUACUACACGCCGGAGCGUCUCUCGCGUCAUGAAGAGGAGCGUGACCUUCACUGCUUAGCUGAUCAUCUAGAGUAGAAUUUGGGGUAUCGAAAAGCUAUGCGACGCUAAGACGGGGCUGGGUCCUGCAUGCCUAUUAUUUCGGGUUGGUCUGGGCUUAAGAUAGAUAAUAGUGAAGAUAAUAAUCUAAUAGA